GGCCCGGGGCUCGGGCUCAGGCUGCUGACCGCUGGCCCGGGGGAGGCGGGGGCGCCCCGGGCUCGGCGCCGAGGGGUCGCGCUCCCCUCUCCUGACGCCUCCGACUCCCGUCUCCAAAGCCAGAAGAGGAGCUUUGAUUCAGCAACUGUUUCCUCUCUUUUCCGGGUCGCUCUGACCCUCUCUGGAUACUGGGUUGAUCCACGGAAAAAACCGAAGACGACGUUUGGGAUUUAAUUUUUCCUCUCAGUUUUUGGAAUCUUUUACUUCUCACUUGGACAAGAACUCACGAGCAAAAUCCCCGUGUUGCAAUCUGGUUCCUAAGGAGGAAGAGGAAGGCAGCCCUGGAGUGGUUUCUUUACAGUAAUUUCAACAGAAGAGUGAGAGAUGGAACCCGAAGAAGAAAGGAUUCGUUACAGCCAGAGAUUGCGUGGUACCAUGCGUCGACGCUAUGAAGAUGACGGCAUUUCAGAUGAUGAAAUUGAAGGGAAAAGAACUUUUGACUUGGAAGAGAAACUCCACACCAACAAAUAUAAUGCAAAUUUUGUUACUUUUAUGGAGGGAAAAGAUUUUAAUGUAGAGUAUAUCCAGCGAGGUGGUUUAAGAGACCCUCUGAUUUUCAAGAAUUCCGAUGGACUUGGAAUAAAGAUGCCAGAUCCAGACUUCACUGUGAAUGAUGUCAAAAUGUGUGUGGGGAGUCGUCGCAUGGUGGAUGUCAUGGAUGUGAACACACAGAAAGGCAUUGAAAUGACCAUGGCUCAGUGGACGCGCUACUAUGAGACCCCGGAGGAGGAGCGUGAAAAACUCUAUAAUGUCAUCAGCCUGGAGUUCAGCCACACCAGGCUAGAGAACAUGGUGCAGAGGCCCUCCACGGUGGAUUUCAUUGACUGGGUAGACAACAUGUGGCCGAGACAUUUGAAGGAAAGUCAGACUGAAUCAACAAACGCCAUCUUGGAGAUGCAGUACCCUAAAGUGCAGAAGUACUGUCUAAUGAGUGUUCGAGGCUGCUAUACUGACUUCCAUGUGGACUUUGGUGGUACCUCUGUUUGGUAUCACAUCCAUCAAGGGGGAAAGGUCUUCUGGCUCAUCCCCCCUACAGCCCACAACCUGGAGCUGUACGAGAAUUGGCUGCUGUCAGGGAAACAGGGAGACAUCUUUCUGGGUGACCGGGUGUCAGAUUGCCAGCGCAUUGAGCUCAAGCAGGGCUAUACCUUCGUCAUUCCCUCAGGCUGGAUUCAUGCUGUGUAUACUCCUACAGACACGUUAGUGUUUGGAGGCAAUUUUUUGCAUAGCUUCAAUAUCCCCAUGCAGUUAAAAAUAUACAACAUUGAAGAUCGGACACGGGUUCCAAAUAAGUUUCGCUAUCCAUUCUACUAUGAGAUGUGUUGGUACGUGUUGGAGCGCUAUGUGUACUGCAUAACCAACCGCUCCCACCUAACUAAGGAGUUCCAGAAAGAGUCCCUCAGCAUGGAUUUGGAGUUAAAUGGGUUGGAAUCCGGAAAUGGGGAUGAGGAAGCAGUGGAUCGAGAACCCCGGCGCUUGAGCAACAGGCGUUCCAUCCUCACUAGCCCUGUAGCCAAUGGGGUCAACCUGGAUUAUGAUGGGCUGGGCAAAACCUGCCGAAGUCUUCCAGGUCUGAAGAAAAGCUUGUCUGGAGACUCAUCAUCUGACUCUAGCCGGGGCUCCCACAAUGGCCAAGUGUGGGAUUCCCAGUGUAGCCCCCAAAAGGACAGGCAGGUGCAUCUGACCCAUUUUGAGCUCGAAGGCCUUCGCUGCCUUGUAGAUAAGUUGGAGUCUCUGCCACUACACAAGAAAUGUGUCCCUACAGGGAUAGAAGACGAAGACGCUCUCAUUGCUGACGUAAAGAUUUUGCUGGAAGAGCUUGCCAACAGCGAUCCCAAGUUAGCCCUCACUGGAGUCCCUAUAGUACAGUGGCCAAAAAGGGAUAAGCUUAAAUUCCCCAGCCGGCCAAAGGUGCGGGUUCCCACCAUACCCAUCACAAAGCCUCACACUAUGAAACCAGCUCCACGGUUAACACCUGUGAGGCCAGCUGCUGCCUCCCCCAUAGUGUCAGGAGCCAGGCGGAGAAGAGUCCGAUGUCGAAAAUGCAAAGCCUGCGUGCAAGGAGAGUGUGGUGUUUGCCACUACUGCAGGGACAUGAAGAAGUUCGGGGGCCCUGGUCGCAUGAAGCAGUCCUGUGUCCUCCGGCAGUGCUUGGCACCCAGACUGCCUCACUCUGUCACGUGUUCCCUCUGUGGAGAAGUGGAUCAAAAUGAGGAGACACAGGACUUUGAGAAGAAACUCAUGGAAUGCUGUAUCUGCAAUGAGAUUGUUCAUCCUGGAUGCCUCCAGAUGGAUGGAGAGGGCUUGCUUAACGAGGAAUUGCCAAAUUGCUGGGAGUGUCCAAAGUGCUACCAGGAGGACAGCUCAGAGAAAGCCCAGAAGCGGAAGAUGGAAGAGAGUGAUGAAGAAGCCGUACAAGCCAAAGUCCUGCGGCCCCUGCGGAGCUGCGACGAGCCCCUCACGCCCCCGCCUCACUCACCCACUUCCAUGCUCCAGCUCAUCCAUGACCCGGUCUCCCCCCGGGGUAUGGUGACUCGGUCAUCCCCUGGGGCUGGCCCCAGCGACCACCACAGUGCCAGCCGCGAUGAGCGCUUCAAACGGCGGCAGUUGCUGCGGCUGCAGGCCACAGAGCGCACCAUGGUACGGGAAAAGGAGAACAAUCCCAGCGGCAAAAAGGAGCUGUCUGAAGUUGAGAAAGCCAAGAUCCGGGGAUCGUACCUCACUGUCACGCUGCAGAGGCCCACCAAAGAGCUCCACGGGACAUCCAUUGUGCCCAAGCUGCAGGCCAUCACGGCCUCCUCUGCCAACCUUCGCCAUUCCCCCCGCGUGCUAGUGCAGCACUGCCCAGCCCGAACCCCCCAGCGUGGGGAUGAGGAGGGGCUGGGGGGAGAGGAGGAGGAAGAGGAGGAGGAGGAGGAGGAAGAUGACAGUGCAGAGGAGGGGGGUGCGGCCAGGCUGAAUGGCCGGGGCAGUUGGGCUCAGGAUGGAGACGAAAGCUGGAUGCAGCGGGAGGUCUGGAUGUCUGUCUUCCGCUACCUCAGCCGCAGAGAACUUUGUGAAUGUAUGCGAGUGUGCAAGACGUGGUAUAAAUGGUGCUGCGACAAGAGACUUUGGACAAAAAUUGACUUGAGUAGGUGUAAGGCUAUUGUACCGCAGGCUCUCAGCGGCAUCAUCAAGAGGCAGCCAGUCAGCCUCGACCUCAGUUGGACCAACGUCUCCAAGAAACAGCUGACAUGGCUCGUCAAUAGGCUGCCAGGACUGAAAGACCUCCUCCUCGCAGGUUGUUCCUGGUCUGCAGUCUCUGCCCUCAGCACCUCCAGCUGCCCCCUUCUCAGGACCCUUGACCUUCGGUGGGCGGUAGGAAUCAAGGACCCUCAAAUUCGGGACUUGCUGACUCCACCGGCUGACAAACCGGGUCAGGACAAUCGCAGCAAGCUCCGGAACAUGACCGACUUCCGGCUGGCAGGCCUUGACAUCACAGAUGCCACGCUUCGCCUCAUCAUUCGCCACAUGCCCCUCCUGUCUCGACUUGACCUCAGUCACUGCAGCCACCUGACAGAUCAGUCCUCCAAUCUGCUUACCGCUGUCGGGUCUUCCACUCGUUACUCCCUCACGGAACUCAACAUGGCAGGUUGCAAUAAAUUGACAGACCAGACCCUGAUCUACCUGCGGCGCAUCGCCAAUGUCACCUUGAUCGACCUGCGAGGAUGCAAGCAGAUCACUCGGAAAGCCUGCGAGCACUUCAUCUCAGACUUGUCCAUCAACAGUCUCUACUGCCUGUCUGACGAGAAGCUAAUACAGAAGAUCAGCUAAGACACACCCGGGCCAGGCUGAACAGGAAACUCAUCUUCCCCUGACUCCCCAGCCAGGAGAGCCUCUCUUCCCGACCCUGCACGGGCUCUGAGGCCAAUGACACACUCCCUCUCUGCUCUCCUGUCCCUUGAGCCCUUCCCCCACAGGCGGGGCAGAGAGGUGGUGGAUGCCAGGCUUACCUGCCUGCUCCUCUCCCUCCGGAGGAGAAGGGAGUAGCAGCCAGAGGGGAAAGCACAGGCUGUGUGCUGUCAAGGUGCCUGCUCGCUCGCUCGCCCGCCCGCCCGCCCGCCCGCCAGGAGGCCAGGCUCUCAGUUUGGGUUGUCUGCGCAGCUGUCAUCUGCGCUGGGCCCUGGGGCCCUCCCCCCGAUCCAUGGUCCCCGCAGUGCCUGGUUCUGAGCAAACUCCCAGGGAAGAAAGUGGCCCUGUCUCGGUGGCCAGGUUCUCCUUGUGGUGUCCAGUGCGUGUCUCUCCUCUGUCACUCUCCCGGCUCACGCAGGAGGGGCCAGCAGCCCUAGCAAUGCCAGACCCGUGCCGAUCACACCGGUGCUGUUGAGGUGUCGGAACCCUCGUCCACGUCCGUGCUCCCUCCUCUCCUCCCUUUAGCUCGAUCCGAUGCUCGUGGUCAUUCACAUAAUGAGGUUACCCCACCCCAGACUUGCCCGCUAGUCUCCAUGAGGUCCUUGUUGCACUUACUGGGGUUGAAGCUCUUCAGAGGAGCUGGAACUGUAUCCCAGGGACACCCCCAUUGUAUUGCUUCCUAAGCAGAUUCUGAGACAGGCACCAUCUCCUGUCCCCGGCCCCCAUCAGCCCCCCACUGCCCUGCCCCCAUGUCUCUAUUCCUGCCUGAAGAGGGCUUUCCCGUGAGGUGUGUCCUCAGAAGGAGCAGCCUGUCUUUCCCCAGCUGGGGAAACAGAGACCUGGGCCAAGUCCCCACCUGCCUCCCAGCAGGCAACAGGCCUCCGGUGUAGUGUGGCCCCCAGAGCCCAGAACCAGGUCCAGCCCCAGCGGCUCCCUGAUGUGGCCCCUUUGGGGGGUGAGGGAGAGUUCCUGCUUAGAAGCCAGUCACCUGCCCUCUACCUGCAGCUGUGGAAGGGGGUGUGCAUGUGCCUCUGUGUGUGUGGCUGAGUGUAGUACGCGUGCGUGUAGGUGUGUGUGGAGGGAGGGAGGGGAGCGUGGUGCCUCCCACUCCACCGCCCUGUGUCAAGCCCCAUCAGCUGCCCCCUUUUACUUUGCAUUGAACGGCCUGUCCAAAGAUCCUCUCUCUAGGGCAGCAGAGAGCUUUUUGCACUUUAAAAAAAAAAAAAGAAAGGUCGGAAUUUCUUUUGGGUCAGUAGUGAAGUGUGUGAGGAGAUGCUCGGUCGCAAGAGCUUAUAAGUGGUCGACGCCGAUUUGCACUCUGCGCCCCUCGGGAAGGACAGUGAUAGCACAACCUUGCCCCACUUCUUGUCCUGCAGCCCGUUCCUCCCGCCCUGCCCCCUUUCCUGCAGCCCGCUCUCAGCUCUCCUCCUCCUGAAGCCCCACGGGGGGUGGCAAGGAGCCCAGACACCCCGAGGAGAGACGCCAACCGCACCCUUGCCACUUCCAAAGCAAUAGAGGCAGAGGGGCCCCCUCUUGGCUACCUAGCCCAGCUUUGACCCUGGCAUUGACUGGCCUCCUAAGCAGACUGGGUCUUGGUAGGAGGGGGUGACAUUAUGUCUGUUUCUUCCAAUCUGCUGAUUCUCUUGGCUGCACCUUCAAAGCAGCAGUCUGUUCCCGUGACCCUCUGCCCCUUGCGUUGGUCUCCAGGCCCCAGCCACCUGGGGCGGACACUUGGAGAAAAUGCCAGUGACUUAUUCCAGAGUGCCUCAGUUAGGGGACUUCUCUGUAAAGAACCCUGGGUAUUGAGCAAAAACCUUAUUAAUAUUACUGUCAGUGACCUAUAAUUGGAAGCUUCCUGCCUUUUUUUGGUUGCUCCUGUGGAAAAUACUGAAAAGAUUGUUUUGUUUUGUUGUCUUUUUAUAAAAGGGGAGGUGGAGAGACCCCUUCAGAGCAGGGAUUGUGCCGGGAGAGUGCCUCUGACUUUGGGACAUUUCAUCCACAGAAAUUUCCAAGCUGAUGGUUUGUUGUGGGUUUUGGUUUUUAUUUUUGUUUCUUUGUUUUUGGUUUGGAAAAACAAGCAUUUUUACCGUGCACGGAAUUGGUCAGCAGGAAAGGGAGCCCAGGAGUGGUGGCAGAUGGACCUAUGCCCUUGCUGGGCUUUCCUUUUCUCUGGGACUGUGAUGGGGAAAAUGGUUUUCAGAGGUGAGGGUUGGUCCAUGUGGAGGAAAGAAAUGUCUCUGGGGACAGAGGAACCCCGGAGUUCCAUCGCAUUUCCUGCAAUCUGCUCUUUAGAUACAGCCUUGCCAGGAGAGCCUGCCCUCAGACCACAGGACCAGACACCCUGCCUCCAUCUUUCCAAGCACCGGGGCGAAAAACCACAAAGGAAAGGAAGAAAAUUUAUAUAUAUAUAUAUAUAUAUAAUAUAAAAUCACUUGGUGAUUAAAAAAAAAAUAACUGCUCCAUAAAUAAAACUCCUAAAGUCACUAUGUUUAAAGGGUUUGGUUGUGUUUUUUGGGUUUUUUUGGUUUUUUGGUUUUGUUUUUUUUUGUUUGUUUUUGUUUUGUUUUGGAGAAAUAUUGUAAAUAUAUAUUUUUUGUUGCUGAUUUAGUCAAUCUCCAAUGUUGUGCUAAGAAAUUUAAAUUAAAUGUAAGCAUUAAGGGGCAAGUCACGCUCUCUCAGCUGACACAUUAGGGUCACUUUGGGCCAGGGAAGGAGGGAAGCUAGACGGACUUUUGUUUCCUAAACAUUCUCCACUAUUGGUUUUAGAAAGAGCAAGAACAUCUUUCCUCUCACAUGGGAAUGGGAGAUAUUUGUGUAAUAAAAUUUUUAAAAGACAAAAAAA